AUCAUAAGGACAUUUUGUUUAGCGAGACAACACCGCAAGCAUUUGCACUUUUUCAAAACACAUUGGUUGAUUUUCGGGAGUAAAUACUUCACAUCUGCGUCUUUCAUCACGCCACUCAUGGCAAGUGUAAGAAGUAAACCUGCUGCUGCAUGUUCGACGGCAGUGACGUCAUCACAAGCAAUGAAGCGGUUACAGAUGACGCAAGCCCCUUCCAAUGACCCCACUACGGUGGCCAUCACUUGUCCACUCUGUUCAACAGUGUUGCGGUCAAAAUCGCUUUUCUUGCAUCACCUCGGCACGGAGCACGAGGAUUCGUUUUUUGCGGUCUGUAAAACUUGUGCGCAGUGUUUUGCGCCCCAAGAAAUCAACGCCCACGUGGCCUCGUGUAAGGGGACUUAUAUAUGUUCCUAUUGUCGUCAGACGUUUGCCCUUCUGUCUUAUCUGAACAGGCACGUUAGCAGAAAGCAUGCCAUAGAUCAGAGUAAAGUGCAGGGUGGGAGGCGCUACUCAUGCAAAUUCUGCUCCAAAACCUACUCCUCCAACAAUUCCCUGAACAACCAUAUGAAAAAGCACCUGGAGUGCGUUUGUGGCGUCUGUGGACACGCCAUCGUUUGCGAGUCGCACAAAGACUACAGCACGUGCGGAAAUUGUGGAAAUCGGGUUGCCUUUAACAACCGUAAGUCAUGA